AUGAGUAACCCUCGCGACCCAACCCGGUUGCGACAGGGUCUCAAUCCGCUGUUAACUCAGUCUCUGGGUUCAUAUCACGGCCAUGUUAACACCCCGCUGUCUGGCGUUUCCUCAACUUACUUGCACUCGGCUCACACGCCGGCAAGCGCAAUCCAGCCCUACAACCCGCAAGAAUGGAUAGCAUCACCUGCUACCGUUCCCGAGCGGCCCCAUCAGUUUCCUGAGCAGGGAUCACCAUUGCCUCCGCCUCCAUACAGCCCUCCACGGAGCCAGCGACCGCCGAGCGGUAUCUUUGAAUCAUCGCCAGCGGCCAAUACAUCGGCGGCACGCAUACCUCCAACGAAUCUUCACAGGCCGUCUCCGGAGCCUUGCACGAACACAUCGUUUCCCCCGCCACCGGGCGUUAUUGGUAGGGCAGGCUCCCGCGAAAGACGCUUUGGUUUCUCUUCCCUCAGAAGAAGUAGAGAACAUCAUGAUUCAAGCCCCCCCGAGCCCAUGCCGCCGACCUCGCUAUCAAGACCUGCUCCUCUUCAAAUACAGAUUCCACAUCACAUGCUACGUCGCAACGAUUCCGACUCAUCACAGGGCCCGCCUGCGGCUCGACGAGCUGCCUCUGCAAGUGCUAUUGAGACACCAACUUCGGCUCGCUCACGGUCAGCGUCACAGACAAGAUGGGAGCCAGGAAUGCCUCUUCCACCACCGCCGCCAGUGCCUCCACCGGCCUCAUCCCGAUCACAGAGUGUUCAAAGCUCACAUAGAACGACAACACCCGUGUCAUCGCCGCCCAAGAGACGGCCCCCGCCGAGCGGUGUGGCAGCUCUGGGACCAGUGCCACCGACUCCGGCAGACUGGGUUGACCAGCCUGAAGCUGCCAACCGUGCAUCUCAGCGUAGGCCAUCUCCGGGCCUGACUAUCGACACCGCCAGCGCCGCAAGCUCGACUCAGACGGGAGAGUCGAGCAACUCUGGGGCACUGAGCUCUGGCGGAAGUCUGAGCCGGGCCAGAGCAGUCCGUCAUGACAAGACCAUCGUGCAACGUCGUGCAGAAAGCCGCACUAGACACGGAGUAUCGCACAAUUCUAUAGAUGGGGCCAUCAACCCGGUUCAGCUUAGCGACAUUGUCGUUCCAAACGAAGGUGCCCUUUCUCGCCGCCUGACCAUCAGUAGAUCAACACCAAGAAGCGGAGGCCGGAUAGCAAUGGACACCCCCAGAACCGGUGAGCAGUCCACAACACCACGAGCAGCGCCCGGGCCAUCUCAACGGCCUCGCAUCGAAGCCGCAACGCCGCCUUUCUCGCCUCACCCGUCAAAAGGUGCCCCAGUGGACGAUGGAUCGCCAUGCGUUGUCCCGAAGGCAUUGCCAACACCUCCUCAAACUCGAUCGGCGUCCAGCUCACAAACAAGGUUCAGCUCCAUGACCCCUGCAGAUGGGCCCCCUUCGGCAUCUAUCUCGACCACCAAGCAUACCGUCAUCACACAGACUGCCGACCAAUUUUGCAGUGAGACGGUAGAACGAUUCCAAGCCUUCGCCAUGAAAGAGUCAGCGUCGGCCACCGAUGCCGAGCGAGUGCGGCUGUUUGCCGACUUUAUCGUCAGUGAGUCCAGGAUCAGGCGCGAAAGAUACUCGUCGGCAAUCGGCGCCAUGGGCUCAGAGAUAUUCGACCUGACAAGAGACCUAUUCCGCCCCAUGGUGGCGAGGCGAGAGUCCGGAGCCUCGCAGGUCGAGUGGACGCCCCAGUCGUCUGAGCCUACAAGAUCGCAUCGCGGUUCGCUCAACUCCAUCUAUCGUGAGACGCCCGGAGAGACCAGUUCAGCCCCCUUAUCAGCAAACGUGCCAGGUUCGCCUAUUGGAGGGCCCGCCAACAACCCCAAUUACUCGUCCAAUUACAUGCCUUCCCUCUCCCCGAUAUUGAGUCUCAGUGUCAGCGAUAACUAUGACGGCGACUCCCGAGGUCGCCCAGCAAGCAGGUGGUGGGAAGCAGAUUCUUCAGGUGCGGGUGGUAAGCUGAUUGAAAGAUCCAAGAGGGAGUCCAAGUACAUGGGAGUGCCCAAGGAAGCACGGGAAGCGCUUCAGUGGGAAGAUAGCCCGCAAAGACAUGAUGGGUUCGCGGGGCCCAGCGACUCGAGGUCUUCGAAUGCGUACCCUCCCGAGAAGACGGGAUGGCACGAGCCGGAGCCGGUAGUUACCCCGCAGCCAUCGAGGUACUCUGCAGACUCCCUCGGAUCUUCGACUUCGCCCACGACGCCAAACCCUGCUCACCUGGACGUCUCGCGUCUCGUUACUCUGCCACCGCCUUAUCCCCGCCACCACCCGGCCGUGAACAACAACCACCCAGAGUUAGCCGAGACAAGAAUGGCCGUACGCCAAAUCAGCGACCUCUCCGAGAUCGAAGCCACCAAGGAGAGGUUUCAGGUGACGAGCACCAAAAAACGCGACGAGGCCGCGAAGGCCUCUUCUGAGCGGAGGCAUGCUCUGCGGAACAAUCUCCAGCAGGAGGUUAACGUCGGCAACAUGUCAUUCGCGGAGGCGUCGGCCAUCGAGCAAGACUCGGUAGCAGCCGAGAAAGAAAAGCUCAAAGAGCUCGGCAAGACAGAGUUUGAGCAGUUUCAGAGCCAGGUGGUGAUGCCGCUAAACGAUCUCGUCACGGGCCGCAUCGCAAAGGCCACAGAGCUCUUCGACAAGCUGGCAAGCAGUCUCUUUGACGACGUCGCCAGCGCGGCGGACAUGCCGCAGGAGGAAGGCGAUGACAAGCCCGAACUGCUCGAGAAACUGACGCUGCUCAAGUGGAUUUUCGAAGCCAGGGAGAUGCUGCACCGGGCCAUCUACGACAUUCUCACAGACCGCAAUAACCGGUAUCGCGACGUCGUAUUGACGCCGUACCGGCUCGCGGGCAACGAGGAGAAGCUCCGCAACGCCGUGGGAUUCUUCGCCGAGGACGCGGCGAAGCGGCAGCUGGUGUUCGCGCACGAGGUGCUUGCGCGCACGCAGGAGUUCCAGGCCGUCAUGGAGAUGAACGUCAUGCGUGGCGUUGAGGUGCAGCUCUCGGCAUUCUGGGACAUUGCACCGCCUCUGCGCCGGCUGCUGGAGAAGAUUCCGCCGUACCUAGAGGACUUCAACAUCCAGAUCCCGAUGGCCGAGUACGAGGAGAACCCGUCGUACCGCCGGCACCCGCUGCAGUAUCUGUUCAGCUUGCUGCUGCAUACGGAGAAGAGCACGUACCAGUUCAUCGAGUCGCAGACGAACCUGCUCUGCCUGCUGCACGAGGUCAAGGAGGCCGUGGCGCACGCCAAGGCCAAGGCCGUCCAAAGCGAGGCCGAGGACGGCGAGGGCGGGGAGUAUGGCGACGAAGAGCGCGAGGCGCGGGCGCAGCGUCUACGGCACGACGAGGGCCGGAUGCUGACGGACGACCUGAAGGAGAAGGUGCGCGUCGUCCAGGAUCAAUGGACCAGCGCCCUGGGCGAGAACAUACGGAACGUCAAGCAGAUGCUGGGCGAGUAUCUGCUGGAGACGGGGGGGUGGGACGAGACGUUGGAAGAGGGCGGCGUUGGCAGCGUCUAG